AUGGCGGUUUGGCCACCUCCUUCCAUGUCGCAGGCAGCCAAAACGACGCUUGGCGCGUCGAUCGUCGCGACAACGUGUAUUAUCGCAGGAGUGCAUUACCUUCAAGUGAAGGAGCGUGAAACUAUGUACAAGGGUGUCCAGCGCGACGACGAGCGCGACAGAGAAAAGAAGCAGCGCAUGGUGCAUUUACAAGAGAACCGCGAGCGGGAAUCACGCUAUCUCGAGCUCCAGCCGCAAUCGUCGCCUUCUUCUGGGUCUACUCGUCUCGCAUGA